AUGGCAGCUCAACUUGAGAGGGCAGCUCAACUUGAGAGGGCAGCUCAACUUCAGUGCAGCACAACUUGCGAGAACAGCAAAGCUUGUGAGGACAGCAAAGCUUGUGAGGACAGCAAAGCUUGUGAGGACAGCACAGCUUGCGAGGACAGCACAGCUUGCGAGGACAGCACAGCUUGCGAGGACAGCACAGCUUGCGAGGACAGCACAGCUUGCGAGGACAGCACAGCUUGCGAGCUCAGCACAGCUUGCGAGGACAGCACAGCUUGCGAGGACAGCACAGCUUGCGAGGACAGCUUAGCUUGCGAGGACAGCACAGCUUGCGAGGACAGCACAGCUAGCGAGGACAGCACAGCUUGCGAGGACAGCACAGCUUGCGAGGACAGCACAGCUUGCGAGGACAGCACAGCUUGCGAGGACAGCACAGCUUGCGAGGUCAGCACACCUUGCGAGGGCAGCACACCUUGCGAGGGCAGCACAGCUUGCGAGGACAGCACAGCUUGCGAGGAGAGCACAGCUUGCGAGAACAGCUCAGCUUGCGAGGUCAGCACAGCUUGCGAGGACAGCACAGCUUGUGAGGACAGCACAGCUUGCGAGGACGGCACAGCUUGCGAGGACGGCACAGCUUACAAAGACGGCACAGCUUGCGAGGACAGCACAGCUUGCGAGGACAGCACAGCUUGCGAGGACAACACAGGUUGCGGGGACAGCACAGCUUGCGUUGACAGCACAGGUUGCGAGGACAGCACGGCUUGCGAGGACAGCACGGCUUGCGAGGACAGCACAGCUUGCGAGGACAGCACAGCUUGCGAGGACAGCAUAGCUUGCGGGGACAGCACAGCUUGCGAGCUCAGCACAGCUUGCGAGGACAGCACAGCUUGCGAGGACAGCACAGCUUGCGAGGACAGCACAGCUUGCGAGGACAGCAUAGCUUGCGAGGACAGCACAACUUGCGAGGACAGCACAGCUUGCGAGGACAGCACAGCUUGCGAGGAGAGCACAGCUUGCGAGGAUAGCUCAGCUUGCGAGGUCAGCACAGCUUGCGAGGACAGCACAGCUUGCGAGGACAGCACAGCUUGCGAGGACGGCACAGCUUGCGAGGACGGCACAGCUUACAAAGACGGCACAGCUUGCGAGGACACACAGCUUGCGAGGACAGCACAGCUUGCGAGGACAACACAGGUUGCGGGGACAGCACAGCUUGCGUGGACAGCACAGAGAAGGCAGCUCAUCUUAAGAGGACAGCUCAACUUGAGGGGACAGCUCAACUUGGGAGGGCAGCUCAACUUGAGAGGGCAGCUCAACUUGAGAGGGCAGCUCAACUUGAGAUGGCAGCUCAACUUGAGAGGGCAGCUCAACUUGAGAGCUCAGCUCAACUUCAGUGUACAGCCCAACUUGAGAGGAAAUCUCAACCUGAGAGGACACCUCAACCUGAGAGGACAGCUCAACUUGAGAGGACAGUCCAUCUGUUUAGGACAGCUCAACUGCAGCACAACUUGCGAGAACAGCAAAGCUUGUGAGGACAGCAAAGCUUGUGAGGACAGCAAAGCUUGUGAGGACAGCACAGCUUGCGAGGACAGCACAGCUUGCGAGGACAGCACAGCUUGCGAGGACAGCACAGCUUGCGAGGACAGCACAGCUUGCGAGGACAGCACAGCUUGCGAGCUCAGCACAGCUUGCGAGGACAGCACAGCUUGCGAGGACAGCACAGCUUGCGAGGACAGCUUAGCUUGCGAGGACAGCACAGCUUGCGAGGACAGCACAGCUAGCGAGGACAGCACAGCUUGCGAGGACAGCACAGCUUGCGAGGACAGCACAGCUUGCGAGGACAGCACAGCUUGCGAGGACAGCACAGCUUGCGAGGUCAGCACACCUUGCGAGGGCAGCACACCUUGCGAGGGCAGCACAGCUUGCGAGGACAGCACAGCUUGCGAGGAGAGCACAGCUUGCGAGAACAGCUCAGCUUGCGAGGUCAGCACAGCUUGCGAGGACAGCACAGCUUGUGAGGACAGCACAGCUUGCGAGGACGGCACAGCUUGCGAGGACGGCACAGCUUACAAAGACGGCACAGCUUGCGAGGACAGCACAGCUUGCGAGGACAGCACAGCUUGCGAGGACAACACAGGUUGCGGGGACAGCACAGCUUGCGUUGACAGCACAGGUUGCGAGGACAGCACGGCUUGCGAGGACAGCACGGCUUGCGAGGACAGCACAGCUUGCGAGGACAGCACAGCUUGCGAGGACAGCAUAGCUUGCGGGGACAGCACAGCUUGCGAGCUCAGCACAGCUUGCGAGGACAGCACAGCUUGCGAGGACAGCACAGCUUGCGAGGACAGCACAGCUUGCGAGGACAGCAUAGCUUGCGAGGACAGCACAACUUGCGAGGACAGCACAGCUUGCGAGGACAGCACAGGUUGCGAGGACAGCACAGCUUGCUAG